AUGAGCGCACCAGCAGAGGAAAGGGAGGAGGAUGCGAAGGGGGAGGAUGUUUCUGAGGAGGAAAUGGCCAAUAUGACAGACCUGCCGCCAGUCCAGGACGAUGAUCAGGACACAGGCGUCGUCAACAGGUACAAGGACCUUGCGCAGGAGGAACCAGAUGCUAUCUCGGACCAAGGCUCUGCAGACGCACUGCCUAGGAGAGCUGCGAGUCCCGUGGAUUCGACGCUGUCCAUCCCAGACGAUACCCCCUCUGUUCAAGGCUCUGUUCUCUCCUCCCCAGGGAGUAGUGUCCUUCCUUCGUUAGCUUCGAGACCUCGCCUGGGCAGUCCAACGCCUUCAUUCCGACCCUUCGACCGGCGCUUCUCUUCGCGCAUCGCCUCGCCGAGUACCCUUUCCCCCAGAUCAGCUUCCCCAGCAUUCCUAUCUAGCCACAGCCGACAUGCCUCCCUCGUAAGCCAGCUAGUAUUAGACCAUGGCGAGACCGAGACGCCCUCGCCGCCCUGGGAGGUUGUGCGGUGGACCAAAUUGAGGAAGUUGAACGGACAGGCAUUCUCAGAGGUUGGGAGGCGGAAUUUUGGAUCGCCCACGUGCGUCGCGGUCUCGGCGCAUGUAGUUCUGGGAACGUCCAAGGGCAUCAUCCUGGUCUUUGACUACAAUCAAAACCUGAAAAUGAUCAUUGGGCCCGGUACGAAGGCUGUCGAGUGCGGUGCGAUUACGUCGAUCGCGAUAUCGGCAGACCACACGACCAUUGGUGGUGGCCAUGCCGAUGGGAGCAUCUUCACGUGGGACACCUCGCGACCGGCGAGGCCCUUCCUGCAGGUCCCGCCACUGGAUGACGCACAGAUGCAGAACCGCACCAUGGACGGCCACUGCCCUGGCUUUGCUAUCACCCACCUUGGCUUCCUGGGGACAAGGCACACGGCGCUCGUUUCGGCGGACGACAGGGGCAUGGCCUUCUCGCACCUUGCCACGAGAGGCACAGGCUCCUUUGGCAGGACGGUCAAGACCACGAGGAUAUUGGGACGGUACCCGGACGCCAAACCACCGGCAUCCGGCAAACCCCUGAAGCCCAGCACGGUCCUGGCCUUUGCGCCUCUGCCGCUGGGCAAUAUCGAGCGGGCGACGGAUACGAUGGGCUUGACCGCAAUGCUCACCCCGUACCUCUUGGUCAUCGUCUCGACGACGCCUAUUGCGCAGACGCAGCACAAGUCAGCGAGGCCAAAGGAGGUGGCUGCUCACAGCGCCAUGACUGGUUGUCUGGCCUGGUUCCCAGCCGUUAGGUUGAAAGUGCCAGAUCCUGCGAGCGGUGGCCAGAUCGCCAGGGCGAAGCUUGCCUACUGCUGGUCCAACGUCCUGACCGUUCUGGAUGUUGAGGAGAUCCCUUCCGAGGACAAGGACAAGCCGCCUAACCUCAGGUUCAAGGCUAGAAGUAGGUGGAAAUGCGAAGAGGCCCUCGUCGCAAUCCAGUGGCUGAGUCGUAACGUGCUGGCCGUCCUCACCAUCAGCCAGAGGCUCAUCAUCCUGGAGGAUCGGAGUAUGAGGAUGACGGAGGCUUUUGACCUCAUCGGCCGACACAUCUACCACGUUGAUUUGUUCUCGAAGCAGCUGCACACACUGGUCGAGCAGCUGGAUGAAGAGGACACGUCCAUGCACGGUGUGGUCGCAGACGCCUUCUACAUGAGCUUCAAGACUUACAAGAACAGGAUAUUCUUAUUAGGCUUCAAUGACGUCUCGAUAGGGUCGCUCUCCAAUUGGGCAGACCGACUGAUCGCGCUGAUGGAGAAUGGCGACUACAUUGGUGCAAUACAGCUGGCCACCACCUAUUACACGGGAGACGCAAACAAGCUCACGGUCGGGCUGCCGGAAGAUGGCGAGGUGCGGCACACCAUGGUCAGGGACAAGCUCCUGGAGAUCAUGAGCGCAUCUUUGAAAUACGCCUUUGGCCAGAGACAAAAGGAUCCUGUAACUGCAGACGAAAGUCAUCUUCAGGACCUCGCCGAAACUUGCUUCACAGCAUGCCAGAGCCUCGAGGAUAUGGACUUCCUCUUUGAUGAGAUGUACGAGUGGUACGAGGAAGCCGAUGUGCAAGGAAUUUUCCUCGAGACCAUGGAACCGUACAUUCUUGACCGAAAGAUUCAAGCCGUUCCACCCACAGUCGUGAAGGCCAUGGUCACUCACUAUGUGACCAAGGGCCUGGAGAGCCGGCUCGAGGAGAUGAUCUGCCAUAUGAAUACCAUGACCUUGGACCUGGAUCAAGUCACCAACCUCUGCAAGCAGAACGGCCUUUAUGAUGCCCUGAUUUACGUUUGGAACCAAGCAUUGAACGACUACAUUACGCCACUCAUCGACUUACUGGCCCUCCUUAUACCGCUGACGCGAGAAGCUGACGAAGAAGCCUCGGCUAAUAUCCUGAACGACGAGCAUUCUGGUGUCAACGCCUUGAAGAUCUUUCCCUAUCUCUCUUACGCUCUGACGGGUCGAAUCUACCCUACCGGCGAAACGCUCCAAUAUGACCUGUCAAUGAGGUCAAAGGCCGAGCUGUACUGGUUUCUCUUCUCAGGAAAGAGCAUCACUUGGCCGAAGGGGAGCACAAAGCGCUUCCUGACACGACCCAACCAAAAAGAUGAGCCAUCAUUCCCAUAUCUGAGGAUGAUUCUGAAGCUAGAUGCGCCCAGCUUUCUGAGCACUCUUAAUGAGGCCUUUGAAGACUCCUUCCUGAACGACUCGCCUGAAAAGCAAGUCAAUGGGGGUGCGAGAGGAGAGCUACCGGAAGAGCAGAUCUUUGGGUUGACAGUGGACCGGCAGUACAUUGUCUCUAUUUUGAUCGAGCUCAUGAACCCGACCGACUUUGCGCCCGAAGACACAAUCUACUUGGACAUGUUCAUCGCACGAAACCUGCCCAAGUAUCCGCAGUACCUGUUGCUGCCUGGCUCGACACUGACCAAGGUGUUGACUGGCCUUUGUAAUUUCCCAGGGGCGGAUCUGGCGGACGAUGCCCAGUUGAGCGCCGAAUAUCUACUUUCUGUGUAUCAUCCUCCAGAUCUCCCGACUCUGAUGCCGUUAUUCAAACAGGCCGGGUUUUACCGGAUUCUGAAGAGGCAGUACAGGCUUGACAAGCAGUACGGCAAGCUUGUGCAGGCUUAUUUCGAGGACCCGGACGACAAAGACGGCAUUUUCGAUUGCAUUGCAGAGAUUCUACGGCAACAGACAGUGCUUACAAAACGGCAGAUCCAGGACGUACACCAGGUCAUCCGAGACAAUUCAGCUGAGCUUGUCGAGCUUGAUCCGCAGAGGGCCGCCAGAGUGGUCGAAGACUAUGCCUCGGAGCUGCAUGGCCACAUACUGCAAUCCACGAGCAAGGAGCCGGAAUUGCAAUUUGACUACCUCAAAGCCUUCCUGGAGCCCGCAGCUGACAGGGUAGAAGGCCUCAAAGCUUCGCUAGACAGAGAUCUCAUUGAGUACUAUGUGCAACUGAUGUGCAGAUUCGAACCAUCUCAUGUCUCGGAUUAUAUUGGCUUGGUACAGGCCACAAACCUGCGCCUGGAAAAGCUACUGCCGACCAUGGAGGAGACGGGCGUCAUAGAUGCCGCAGUGGUGCUGAUGGCCCGCGAGGGGCAGGUCAAGGAGGCUAUGGACCGACUUGUGAAGCACCUCGAUACCCUGUCGUCGGCCCUGCAAGGUCUCCUCGUCGGUGGGGAGAGCCACGAUGAAGCUGUCGACCCAGAGUUGCAGUCCGCAACUGAAGAUCUACUGAGAGGCCUUCAAAAGUACACCCACGUUGGCAUCUGGCUCUGUCAGGGGCAGACCAGGACUGCGAGGAAAACGAACGGAGUGCAGAGGAGGCAGAAGUCGCAACCCAGUGAUGACCUCUCGUUCGACGAAACAUUGUGGCUGAGCCUGAUCGAUGCGACGGUGCAGAUCACACGUCGCCUAUCAGCUGCAAUCCACAAACUGGGCGGCCAGACCGCCAUGGCUGCCGAGAACAGCAGGCAGGUCAACGGCAACACACCACAUCAGCCGACCAUUGAUACCGAGAAGCUAGUCACUCUGUUACGGACGCUUGUUCAGCAUACCUUUACUGCUCUGCUGACGGCAACUUCCACAUCACAAACCUCUCCAGCGAGUGGGCCUCUACGCGUGACCGUUCCAGGAUCGACAGGGGGCGACAACCUGGCUUUCCUACGCAUUCUCCGGGCUUUUCUCACCAAGGCUGCAGCUUCGUCGCCUAACCUUGCCGACCUGCGAGCGGUUCUGCAGUCCAUUUUCGCGGCUUAUGCAUACGAAGAGUCAAUACUACGCCUGUCGAACCGUCUUCUCGAGCGCAGCCUCUUUGUGAGUGUUAAGCAGGCGACCGAGCUCCGCCAACGGGGGUGGAGGCCCAGGGGCUCAACAUGCGAGGCGUGUGGGGCCAGAGUUUGGGGCCCAGGGGCAAUCUCCAGCGGCAUAAUUGACGCAUGGGAAGAGAAGACGGCCGCGAAGGACCAGAGAAGGAAGGAAAGACUGGAGAUGAUGGGGAAGAAGACGAUGGAGCGUGGCAACGGCAAGGGCAGAGAAAAGGUCGACCGCGAAGGGAUGAUUUAUGAGCAUGUCGGCGAGGCCAGCGGCAGCGGAGGUCGAGGCAAGGGGAAAAGCUCAGCGGCGCCUAUGACGCCCGAGUCUUUUGAAGCCAGGCCAAGCGCCGUGGAACGUGAUGAGGCAUCCGCUGACGAGCAGCAUGACGAAGAGUCCACCAGAGAGCAGGCCCAAGAUGAUGACUCUGCAGCAGCACUGCAGAAGACGAGCGGGCUGGGCGCUGCGGACCAGAACCCUCAUGUCCCUCAGCCAAUCGUGCUACUGGCCUGUAGGCAUAUAUACCACCAGAGCUGUCUGGAGGCGCUGCAGGUGAGGGAUGAGCUGACGGGCGCGGGAAAGCAGGUUGAUGAAUAUGGUCGGGAGAGGGAAUAUAGAUGCCCUAUAGAUGGGUAAUAGUGGUUUGUAGCCAAAUUAGUACUUGUACAUGUG